AUGUCAUCAGGGUCGUGCAAUGACGCAUGCAAAGCGGGUGGGUACUGGGUCUCGGGUUUACAUGCAACCAAGUGUUUAUGCGGUUAUGCCUACCCACCUGACAUCGAUGUCGUCGACGACAAGAACUGCAACUAUCCCUGCUUGUAUUACGACUUAGAAGCCUGUGGGGGAGUUAACAGCCCUGGUUACUGGUCCGUAUUCAACCUUGGCGUCAACGUCGAUGCUGUCGCUUAUGAGAAACCACCGACAACUUCUUCGCAGCUUCCGAAGCCGACUUCGACAAACGCGAGUAUGCAGCUUUCCUCGUCUAACAACCCUGUCAACGAGUCUCAGGUGCCGACCAAAUUGCCAGAUUCGGCCAAGGCUAAUACCCCUAACACUGCCAGCAUCGUCGCAGGCGUCAUCGUUGGCGUUGUAGGUGCUUCAGCAGUCCUGGGUGGCAUUUUUCUGCUGAGACGGAAGCGUAAUGCUGAGCAUGAGAAGCGUCGCCAUCGACCCGCAGUAUCCAACGACCAUAUCGGCAGCUCAAGCUCCCUGGGAGCCAGUGGCAUUAAUGGUAUCACUUCCAAACCCGACGCUCGCCUUGACCCCGCCAUGGCUCAUCGCAGAGUAAGCGACGGCAGUAUCGAUGACAGCAAAGACUAUUCACACAAGAUUCUUCGGGUCAUGAAUCCCUGA